CAAUAAUUUAAAUUAAGCUCAUUUUUUCGCUACAGUAACACGACGCUAACCAACACUGCACAAGCAUUUUUGUGGUUUUCACGCACGGUCACACCCCUUGUAAAGUGCAGCUCAGUUUAUAAAAAAAACUCAAACGCCAAAGAAAUAUAUAUGGAAAUUGCGUUAAAAAUUGUAUUUUUUGUUUUGUUUUUAGCCACUAGACACAAAUGCGGCCCAACAAUAAAUUGUAACUAAGCCAAUUGCUUGCAGCUACAGUGUGUACUGAACUGCAAUUGUCAAUAAGAAGUCAUCAGCCAGUGUCUACGUAUAUACAUGUAUGUAUAUACAAGUGUGUGUGCAUGUGCGUGGAUAUAUGUACGUGAGUGUAUGUGCGGGCAAGCAGAAGAAGUGACGUUUACAGCUAUAAAAAAAAGUCUCAUCUAAAUUUGAAGUGAAAUUAAAUAAAAAAAAAAAAAUAAGCAAAAACAACUAAACGUUGAGUCACUAAAAAACUAUUAUAUCUAUGGCCGUUGAGAGUAAUUUGUAAUUAAAAACGGCGCUCGUUGUCUUGUGGAAACCCGAAAUUGGCACUUACGGCUCAGCAUAUAAAACCAAUAAGAGAGGCCACAACUAACGAGCGCGCUUGCAUGGCGGCGACAAGAAGCUGAGCUGUGCUUAGCUAUGAAUUCAGCAAGCUAACGCGCCACACUCGACCAACAAGCAGCAGAAACAAUCAUCAAAAGCAAUAGUCUGAAGCCUUUACCAUUCAGUCACAUUACAGCGAAUCACAAAGCAGCGAGUUAAGCACACACACACGUUACGUUUUCGGCGAGUCUGUACCGUUCAGAGCAAUGACUUUGACCACAACGGCGACAGCAGCAGCCGCGGAGAGUAACAAGAAAAUGGAUGUGAAAGCUGUAAGCGGCGAGGAGAACUUACCCACAUCUGAAAUGGAUUUACUCGCUAAAUUGGAGGCAGCGAAUAAGCUGAUCGAGAGCGAUGCCAAAAGUCUCAACUCGCUGCAUUCAACGCACAGUCGCAAAAAUUCGGACACAAGUCAAAUUAGUUUGACCUCAAGUGGCAACUCAGUGGCCGAGGAGGAUAUCUGGACAACAUGGGCGUCCAUACUGAACGACUGGGAGGGCGCAUUGAAGCGCAAGAAUCCUUGCGUGCGUGAGCUCGUGCGUCGUGGCAUUCCACAUCACUUUCGUGCGAUUGUCUGGCAGCAGCUGAGUGCUGCCUCCGAUGCGGAUAAGAAGCAAUAUGCCGAGUAUAUAAAGGCGACAUCUGCCUGCGAGAAGGUGAUACGUCGUGAUAUUGCGCGCACCUAUCCGGAGGUGGACUUCUUCAAGGAGAAGGACGGGCCCGGCCAGGAGGCGCUCUUCAAUGUGAUCAAAGCCUAUUCGCUGCACGAUCGUGAAGUGGGCUACUGCCAAGGCUCUGGCUUUAUUGUCGGACUGCUGCUCAUGCAGAUGCCCGAGGAGGAGGCAUUCGCAGUGCUGGUGCAGAUCAUGCAGCAGCAUCGCAUGCGGCACAUGUUCAAGCCAUCGAUGUCGGAGCUCGGACUGUGCAUGUAUCAGCUGGAGAGUCUGGUGCAGGAGCAGAUACCCGAGAUGCAUUUACAUUUCCAACAGCAGGGCUUCCAGACGACCAUGUAUGCGUCCAGCUGGUUCCUCACGCUCUACACAACGACGCUGAACGUGAAUUUGAGCUGCCGCAUCAUGGACGUCUUUCUCAGCGAGGGCAUGGAGUUUAUAUUCAAGGUGGCGCUAGCGCUGCUGCUGCUCGGCAAGGAGACGCUGCUGUGCCUCGAUAUGGAGGCUAUGCUGAAGUUUUUCCAGAAGGAGCUGCCUGGUCGCGUCGAGGCCGAUCCGGAGGCUUUCUUCAAUCUCGCCUACUCGCUGAAAAUCAAUACGAAGCGCAUGAAGAAAAUGGAGAAAGAGUAUCAAGACUUGAAGAAGAAGGAGCAGGAGGAAAUGGUCGAGCUGAGACGUCUACGACGUGAGAAUUGUCUGCUCAAGCAGCGCAACGAGCUGCUCGAGGCCGAGAGCGCCGAGCUGGCCGAUCGUCUGGUGCGCGGUCAAGUUUCACGCGCGGAAGAGGAAGAAACCAGCUAUGCCAUUCAGACUGAACUCAUGCAGCUGCGUCGCUCUUACUUGGAAGUCUCGCAUCAGCUGGAGAAUGCCAACGAGGAAGUUCGCGGUCUCAGUCUGCGUCUUCAAGAGAAUCAGAACGUUUCAAUUGAUAGCAAUAACUCGCGACAGUCGUCGAUCGAUGAGCUUUGCAUGAAGGAGGAAGCGCUGAAGCAGCGCGACGAGAUGGUCUCUUGCCUGCUGGAGGAGCUGGUGAAGGUGCGUCAGGGCUCGGCGGAGAGUGAGGAUCAGAUACGCAAUCUGAAGGCAAAGGUGGAGGAGCUGGAGGAGGACAAGAAGACGCUGCGUGAGACUACACCGGACAAUUCGGUGGCGCAUUUGCAGGACGAGCUAAUUGCCAGCAAGCUGCGCGAGGCGGAGGCGUCGCUAUCACUUAAGGAUCUCAAGCAGCGUGUGCAGGAGCUGAGCUCUCAAUGGCAGCGACAGCUGGCCGAGAAUCAGCGCAAUGAGCACAGUGCCGCCUCGAUGGACUCAACGCCUAAGAAGCUGUUGACGAACUUCUUUGACAGCUCCAAGUCCACAGAGCAUACACAGAAGCUGGAGGAGGAGCUGAUGACAACGCGCAUACGUGAAAUGGAAACGCUCACCGAGCUGAAGGAGCUGCGGCUCAAAGUUAUGGAGCUGGAGACACAAGUGCAGGUGUCCACCAAUCAGCUGCGACGCCAGGACGAAGAGCACAAGAAGUUGAAGGAGGAGCUCGAAAUGGCUGUCACACGUGAAAAGGAGCUGGCAAACAAAGCGCGUGAGCAGCAGCAUAGAUACUCGGAUUUGGAAUCUCGCAUGAAGGAUGAGCUGAUGAAUGUCAAAAUCAAGUUCACCGAACAGAGUCAAACAGUUGCGGAGCUCAAGCAGGAGAUUUCACGUCUGGAGACAAAGAACUCUGAAAUGCUCGCCGAGGGUGAAUUGCGCGCUAAUCUGGACGAUUCGGAUAAAGUGCGUGACCUGCAGGACAGGUUGGCUGACAUGAAGGCGGAGUUGACGGCGCUUAAGAGUCGCGGCAAGUUUCCGGCUACAAAGCUGCGCAGCUCCUCCAUACAAUCGAUCGAGUCAACGGAGAUCGAUUUCAGUGACCUCAACAUGGUGCGACGUGGGAGCACGGAGCUGUCCACAUAAUAAAACAACAACAAAAACAGCAGCAGCAGCGCAGGGCACAACAUUAAUGAAAUCAACUAUUUCUUGCAAACAUGAUAUAACAGUUUAUAUACAUUAUAUAUAUGUAGUCUAUACUAUAUAGCAUAUAGUAUGUGUUGGUUGUAGGUCAACAGUAACAACAACAACAACAACAACGAUAACAACAACCUGAGAGAAGCAAAUAGUUGAAAUAUAAGUUUAACAAAUUUAU